AUGGCGGGCUUCAAUCUCUUCCGGCUGCGGCCGUUGGCGGAGUUGUUGCCGGAGGUCGAGGGCCCCGCGGAGGCCGUUCCUUUCCGGCGGAAGGCGGCCUACACCGCCGGCUCGCUCCUCGUCUUCCUGGCGGGCAGCCAGCUCCCGCUCUAUGGGAUCCACAACAGCCGGGCCGGGGCUGCCGACGACCCGCUCUACUGGGUCCACACGGCCUACGCGGCCAACCGCGGAACCGCCAUGUCCCUCGGCGUUUACCCCCUCCUCAUGUCCGAGUUGAGCACCCACCUCCUCCUCGGGUCAGGGGCCAUUAAUCCCCUCCCGGAAAACCGUCUUCUCAUGACCGGAGGGCUGAAGAAGGCGCUGGGGGUGUUGUUCUCCGCCGCGAUGCCGGUCCGCGACGUGCUAUCCGCGACCUACUUGGGUGCCGGGAGCGCGAUCCUCGUCGUGCUGCAGAUCUCCAUUGGAAGCGUCGUUCUCAUUUAUCUCGACGACGCUCUUAGAAAGGGCUAUGGCCUCCUUUCCGGCAUCCCGUUGUUCACCUCCGCACAUGUUUGCGCAACUCUUUUCUGGAGAGCCUUCAGAGACGGCGCACAUGGAAACCUAGCGGCGACGUUUGCCUUCUUUCUGCUUGUGUGCGGAUUGCAAGGCCUGCAUGUCGCGUUGCCACUGACAGAUGAUGCGCCUGCUGCUAGGUUUCAGUCCAACUACAGCAUCAGCAUAUCCUACCUCGCCUAUGCCCCCAUCAUAUUCCAAGCCACGCUUGUUGCAUGCACAUAUACAUUCUCAGAGCAAUUAUUUACGGUAUUUGGCGGAAACAAGAUCGUCAACCUGCUCAGCAAGUGGGAGAGAUCUAAACGUUUUGCAGGGUUUAUUCCAGUAAGCGGGGUCGCCUACUACCUAACUACGCCACCAACCUUGGCUGAUUCAGCAAGAGACCCGGUGCACGCGUGCCUCUACGCCGCCUUGCUGCUCAUGGGAUGCGCCCUCAUAUCGACGGCCUGGUUCGGGCUGUGCAGAUACUCAAGGAGGUACGUGUCUAGGUUGGUCGGGGAAAGAGUGACCGUGACGCCUGCGCGGGCCGGCUCGAUUCGCCUCAGCCGAUGUAAGGCCCGUGUCACCAUGGUGGCCUUCGUCGUUGGACUCUGUGUCGGCGCGCUGACCCUCCUUGCGGGCUUCAUGGGCGUCAGCGGCUCCGGCACUGGAAUUAUGCUCGCCGUCACCGGCAUAUACUCUUCUUGUUUCGACACCAGAGCUUCUUCUGGGAUUGAUGCAAUUGGACUCUGA